GCGGCUGCUGUCUGUCUUUAAGCCCUUUUACUGUGGACGGCGAUGUGCUGCUGCUGAACAGAGGAAGCGUGGACACUGGACAUCAUUUUACGCGAAAAUAACGUUUUGUUCUUUCGAUGCUCGCAUUGAGAGGAUAUGACCGCAUUACUGCUGAUAACGUUUCAGCUGCAGCAGCUGGACCACAAAUGUGAAUGAGGAGCAAAGUGACUGUAGGCUAACUGCUGUGCCGCUUGGGUUUCCCCCUUUUCCUCUCCUUCGCAAUAAGCUGUUUAUAUCAGUUCCUUUCCAGCUACUUUCUGAACAUGGAUGAGGACAGCAGAGUACCUGAAGAUCUCUCUCUCGAAGAAAGAGAUGAACUGUCCAACAUUCGUCGAAGGAAAAAAGAAUUGCUUGAUGACAUUGAACGUUUAAAGUUUGAGAUAGCUGAGGUGAUGACAGAGAUUGAGCAGUUAACAUGCAUGGGAGAGUGCAAAGCCACUCAGAGGAAUAAGCAGAUUGCUAUUGGAAGAAAGAAAUUCAAUAUGGAUCCUAAAAAGGGAAUCCAGUUUCUUUUGGACAAUGACCUUUUGCAGCACACACCUGAAGACAUUGCCCAGUUUCUAUACAAAGGAGAAGGCUUGAAUAAAACAGUCAUUGGAGAUUAUUUAGGGGAAAGGGACGAUUUCAACAUCAAAGUUCUACAGGCCUUUGUGGAGCUUCAUGAAUUUGCAGACCUCAACUUGGUGCAAGCUCUGAGGCAAUUUCUGUGGAGCUUCAGGCUGCCGGGUGAGGCUCAGAAAAUUGAUCGGAUGAUGGAGGCUUUUGCAUCGCGAUACUGCCAGUGCAAUCCAGGCGUCUUCCAGUCCUCAGACACAUGCUACGUCUUGUCAUUCGCCAUCAUAAUGCUCAACACCAGCCUGCACAACCCCAAUGUCAGAGACAAACCCACCGCCGAGAGGUUUAUCUCCAUGAAUCGUGGCAUCAAUGAAGGCGGUGACCUGCCCGAGGAGCUGCUCAGGAAUUUAUAUGAAAGCAUUAAAAAUGAACCAUUCAAAAUUCCUGAAGAUGAUGGCAAUGACCUAACGCACACAUUCUUCAAUCCAGACAGGGAAGGAUGGCUGCUGAAGCUAGGAGGUAGAGUGAAGACAUGGAAAAGGAGAUGGUUCAUUCUCACUGACAACUGCCUGUACUACUUUGAAUAUACAACUGACAAGGAGCCGAGAGGGAUCAUUCCACUUGAGAACCUCAGCAUAAGAGAAGUGGAGGAGCCAAGAAAACCAAACUGCUUUGAGCUCUACAACCCGAGCCAUAAAGGACAAGUGAUCAAGGCGUGUAAGACGGAGGCGGACGGCAGAGUGGUGGAGGGGAACCACGUGGUGUACAGAAUAUCAGCCCCUACACCUGAGGAGAAGGAGGAGUGGAUCAAAUCCAUCAAGGCCAGCAUCAGCAGGGACCCUUUCUACGAAAUGCUGGCGACCAGAAAGCGGCGGGUGGCCGCUAAGAAGUGAGAGCCGGGUGACCUUUGCCAGAGUAUUUGCUUUAAUGGAGAGUCCACCGGCUGCUCGGCUGCAGGGGAGCCUCUCUUAAUCACUCUGGAACCCCAAAGCUGGAGGGGGUUAACAGCAGGGGACAGAGACCUGUGGUUUAGCAUCAGCAAAGACAACACUCUCAGCAGGCAAAGACCUCCACGGUUGGUGCAUACCUCAGUGUGAUCUCCAGAUAAAAUAGAGAAUUUGUGUCUUUCUGGUGUGGAAAAUGGACAAAUGGACAGUAGUAUUUACUUGUGUAUUGUGUGUGUAGCUUUUAUUUCUUGCUUUUUGGACAGCAGUGAUUGUGAAAUGGUCCUUCUCCUUCUUACUUACAACUGUAUGAACCCUUCUGACUCCAAACUGCCUGGCACUGAGGGCAGUUAGACCACGCUGACCUCUACUGGCUGACUGCAGCAGCAUUUUUAACAUACUUCUCUCUUCGGUCAUUGUUAGUUUAUACAAGACAGUAUCCUCACUGCAGAACUGACAUCUUAAUGUUCUGCUCUUCCCUCAGAAACAUUGACUGCAAUAGGAACAUGUAGUCAAAACAGCCAUAAACUGUCUGCAGCACCAACACUUAAAUUCAAGGUUCUCUAAAGGUUCUUGGACAUUUGGUUCUUGAAACUUUAAAAAGGUUCUUUACUCUCACAUCUCUUUUGCGAAGAAACUGAUCUUUGGAAGGUUCCUUGGGGAACCAAAAGUGGAUCUUCCAUGGCAUCACUCCGAAGAACCCUUUUUGGCACAUUUAUUUUUAAGAGUGAACUUAUGCUUAUACUAAACAUCGUCCAGUAAAUCCAUUAUCAUAUGAUUAAAAUGUAUUUCAGAUUGCUCUUUUAUUUUCUAUGUGUCAUGUAAAUCAGCAGGACUGGUUGAGUAGAGAUGCUGGAAAUGUCAAGCUUUAGAAUUUACUAGCCAAGCUCAAGCUUGCUCAACUGUGGAAGGUCAUUCAGCAUUUCUGAGGCUCCUUUAAUUUUAAUGUUCAAGUCAUUAAGUUGUGUCUAAUGUGUAUCAAGAAAAGAAAGUUUUGCUGAAGUAA